AGCACAUUUUCCUUUACACAUAGAUAACAUCAACAUUAAACAUGGUAUGUCUACUAUUAUCAAUCCAUCAAAAAGCUGAUGAUCUAACUCUAUAAUAAUAUGUAGCCUCCAAAGAAACAAGUUGCUCUUUCGUUGGAAGAGAAGAAAGAGAAAUGUGUUGAAUUUCUUCAAUCUCAACAUACAUUUUAUUCAUUAAAGGAGUUAGAGAAAGUAAUACCAAAAUCAAUACGAUCAAUAAACUCAAUGCAAGUUAAACCGAUCAUACAAGAAUUGAUAGAUGAUAAUAGAUUGAAUGUUGAAAAAUGUGGAUUGAUUAAUUUAUAUUGGUCCUUUAAGUUCGAUCGGAUGAAGACAGAUAUUGAUAAAUUCAAAAAAUUGACUAAUGAGUUAACAUCAAAGAGAAAUCAAUUGAAUCAAGCCACAGAAGAUCUAUAUGAUUUAGCAAUAGCAAAUCAACAAAGAUCAACUCUGACUAUAGAGAUUCAACAAGAAUUGGACCAAUUAAAUACAGUUGAACGAACUUUAAUUGAUAAAGCAAAUCAAUUAGAAAUUGAAUACAAGAAAUCCUUGAUACAGGAAAAGACGGUUAAAUUACAAGAUUCAGUUAAUUUCUUUACUAAUAGUAUUGAGCUCAUAAUCUAUCAUUUCACCAAGCGUAAUUACUAUAUAAAUAAAGAUGAUUUAUUUGCCUUAUUAGAAUUACCGGAUGACUUUUUUGAUGAUUUGCCUAAACUAAAAUGAUCGUAUGUAUCCGUCGGAGUUCAGCAUUUGCUGCGUUAUUGCCGUUAUAUAAUUAUUGAUUUAAAAUCUAACAAUCAGAACUCAAAAUCUAGCAAGUUGUCUUAUUGAUUUCAGUACUUCAUGUGAAUAUGUUAACAGUUAGUUACCUAUCAUAAAGUCCGCUAUCCCAUACCAAAAAUUAAACUAUAGUGCGCCAAAAAAAUCACAGGCGAAUUUCAAACAAUUUUUCUUCACUAUGGAUGUCGGUCGGUACUAAGCUUGUGAUAAUGGGGGAGGGGGGCAGCUUGCUUCACAAAACCUAAUAAGCCCUUACC